CGCCUUUGGUACAACUACUCAUCGUUCUUUCAGACAGGAAUUUUGAGUAACAGUCGGUAUGAUACCGAUACUACUAUUCGUAAGCUGUAUGCUUAUGAUGACCUCUCCACAGCUGAGUAGAUCCCUUCCAGUGAAUUACCAUUCGCUUCAUUCAGCUAUCGAGAAAUUUCAAGAUACAAAAGUCCCAGAGAAAUUUUCUGCUCAGGUUCCUGAACCAACUGAAAACAACGACGAUAUCUGUUUACUAUCCGACGAGCCCAUUAACAUCGAUGGAGGCCUGUACGGUAUCAGCCCUAGAUAUCAAAAUCAAUUUAUAACAGACUCAGAUUUGUUCAUUACUUUAGAAAUCGUCACACUGGUUUCAGUCAAUGCCACCUAUCCCUGGAGUUCUCUUAAUUGUUCAGGAAUCGAUACCGUCCCCUUGCCUGCCGCAUUUAAAUCCUACGAACUUCAUUCGACAGGUACCCCGAGUGUCCAACAAUCUUUCGGCCCACCACCACAUCCAACAUACGCGAGCAUGGCCAAAACAACGUAUGUGUCAUCUACUGAGUCAGACGCAGAACCGACAUGGAUACCUUAUCAUGCAGAAGUGACAACGGAUGAUGAUGAUUACCAAGAAGCCCAGAUCACCAUACAUGACAUCGUGCUUGCUGAGGAAGAAUGUGGUACCCCGAGUGUCCAACAAUCUUUCGGCCCACCACCACAUCCAACAUACGCGAGCAUGGCCAAAACAACGUAUGUGUCAUCUACUGAGUCAGACGCAGAACCGACAUGGAUACCUUAUCAUGCAGAAGUGACAACUGAUGAUGAUCAUUACCAAGAAGCCCAGAUCACCAUACAUGACAUCGUGCUUGCUGAGGAAGAAUGUGGUACCGUGACAGUCCUUUUCGGGAUGUCAGUCGUUCUGAUAGUGGUAAUGACGAUGCUGGUGUCGUUCUUCGUAAUGAACAAAGAAGAAUGGGUUCCUCACUGUUUCCUGAACAUUACCACGCCGCAGUUUCCAAAAUCCCGUGGCCGAGAGAAGUCCACUGGCCUUCACCAAGCUUAACCAUAAUAUGCCAUCCAUAUUAUGGUCAUUUACAAUCAAGAUCAUCUUGUCUCAUCAUCAAUCACCAGUCAUCUCCCUCAUACCACUCUGGAUGAGGUUUCAUCAGGUUGAUCAUGACAUCCAAUUCCAGUUUUCUUAAUAACAUUUUUACUACUGCUUAUAUAUUUUAUUAUUGUGUUUAUUGUAUGUAUUUCAUGUUUUCAGUAGUAGCCUAAUGAGUUAAAUAUUGUAUUCGUAAACUAAAUAAAUUUUAUCAGUGUUUUA